UAGAACUCUUGCUCAUAUAGAUAAGAAUUUAAGGGCCUAAUUAUGAAGACUACCGAAAUCAUUUUCAUUUGUUGUUUGAUUACAGUAUAUGUUCGAGGCACAGUGAAAGCUACAGACUGUCCUGACAGAUGGGUGGCAUUUGAAGGCUCGUGUUAUCUGUUUGGUCAUGAUCUGAUCCACUUUACAGAAGCCGAGGAGUAUUGCCGCCAACAUUCGGCCACUCUUGUCCAUGUGGAGACAAAAGAGGAGAACAUGUUUCUGCGGGAUUUUCUCCGAGACUUUAAAUCGGCUGACUACUGGAUGGGUAUGACAGACGAGACGACUGAAGGUAUAUGGAAAUGGUACGGCACUGACAAAAAUGUGGAGUACUUUGACUGGGGACCAUCAGAGCCGCAGAAUGCUCACAAUGAAGACUGUGCUGUGUUUGGUGACACUAUUGACUAUACAUGGGCUGACGUCCAGUGUGCAACAAAUAGGAAGGCUCUCUGCGAAAUGCAGAGUGAAGACGUUGACAUCAUCGGAUAGAGUGACAGACAAGACAUGUUACUAACGAUUCUGUUUUAAAUACUAUGCUCAGAUUGUACGAAGUAAAGGAUAUCUCUAUU